AUGGCGCUGGCUGGCGAGAGCAGCACUGGCACGCCGAGCCAGCAGGUGAGGGUGGGCAAGGGUGGCCAGGCCAGCUCCGGCAAAGCGGACCAGCGAGCUCAAAAAGUCAUCGACUCGGUGGCGGCCUGCACGCUGGACGAGGCCACCACCCACCCAAAGUGGCAGGCGCCCCCGGCCGACCGUGCAGGCAUCCAGAAGUUUCUGAGCACCGCCGACCAGAGGCUGAGGAAGCUUGGCGACCUGGUCAUUGCCAAGCAGGCCGCGGGCGACAGCACGAAGGAGCAGUUGAUGGAGAUCGCGGUCAUCAAGUAUCAGAAGCUGGUCACGAGGAGACCGAACGACCAGCUGCAGGUGCUCAGCAAAAGGCGCAAGGCCCUCAAGCUCGAAGUUAUCGCCCUCGAGACCAAGACGAGCGAGCUGCGGGACGACCUCAAAGCCAAGCAGCAGGAGUUGAGGCAGGUCGAGUCCAACAUCGCCGACGUGCGCGCGGUGCUCGCCGACGGCGGCGCGGCAGACGACGAGGGCGACUGGGACACGGACGGGUUUGGCUUGGCGCCGAGCUGGGAUACGUUCCACAAGGCCGUGAUCGACAGGCGCCUGAACAGCGAGGCACCUGGGGACGGACCUCCAGCAUGGCCAGCGGGAGCGGCGGGGCGCACGCCACGCUCAAGAGCCAGCUCUGCAGGCAGCGCAACCAGAGGCUUCGCUGAUCAGGUGGCUAAGGCGAACGCGGAGCGAGCACAUCAACAGCAUCGCCAUGCUGAAGCCGAGCAGGAGUUCGCUGCUGAGCAGGCAGAAGUCAGGGGGGUCGCCCGUGAGCAGGCACUCCGCCACAACGCAGAGCAGGCGAAGCUCAGGCUGGCCCUGAAAGAGGAGUCAGAGCAGCUGCAGCGCACCACCGAAGCGGAGAAUGUAGCGCAGCAGCUGCAGCAGCAGCAGCAACACAAGGCUCUCCGCCACGAGAUCAAGAAGCAGCAAUCUGAGCAGCUUGAGUUUGAGACGCAGAUGGAGGCCAGGUUGAUCAGCCAUGAUGCAGCAUACAGCCAAGUCAAGUCUGAGGCCGAGGCGGCGACCCAACGUGCAAAUCACCUGCGAGAGCAGCUCGAGAGCGCCCGUGCGGAGCACCGCGCGCAGCCACAGCCCCAGGAUAGGGUCUACCAAGACCUACUGCGGGCACGCGCCGAGGCGCAGGAGGCAUCGCGGCAGGCCCAGCACGAGAACGCCAAAGCGACAGCUGCAGCUGGCACACUCAGGCAGCAGCUCAUCAGGCAGGAGGUGGUCAUGGAGGAGAAGCUACAGGAGGUCAAGAAGGACCACGCGCUUGAGCUCGAGGCUGCCACUGAGUCAGCCAGGGUCCAGGCAAUCGCCCAGGGCCAGGUAGUCGCCAACGCCAAAGGAAAAGGAGCCCUGCCGCCGGCAGAGGCGGCCAGGCUGCAAGGGAUCAUCCAGACAGCAGUACGGCAGCAGGAUCGGCUCAAGCAGACCAAAAGCGAGCUCGAGGCAGCUGAGGCCCGCAUCCACGAGCUCCAGCAGUACUCCAAGCUCGAGGCGGGUGCGGCACAUCGUGCAGUCCAGGUCGCCUACCACGAAGCAGCGGAGUUGAGGAGCGCCAACGAGGAGCGGCAGAUUCCGCACGAGUUGCAGGCACUGCAGUUCGCCCUGCUAAAGACCAGAGCAGAGGAGGAGAAGAUAGCGAAGGCCAGCUUGAAGGAUAAGGAGGCAAUGAGGGCGGAGCUUGAAGGCAGUGCCGAGCAAAUACGGUCGCAUCUCACCCGCCAAGUCAUGAUAGAAGAGGCGAAUGCACAUGACUUGCAGCUGCACGCAGAAGGCCUGCGACAGGAGCUGAGCAGCUACGCGGUGCAGCUGAGCGAGCAGAGGUCCAACGCGGAGGUGCAGGAGCAGGCGCUGGAGGAGGAGCUCGCCCAGGCCCUCACCUUCAGGAUCGCCAGCAUGGAGGAGGCCUCCGCCAUGGAAGACUUCGCCAGCCAGCAGAGGACUGGCAGGGAGGAGGCCAUCCACCUCGCGCUGCAAGAAAGCCUCCAGCGAUCCCGCACGCUGCACACCGAGCUCGACGCCAUCUCCAUGGAUGACUACCAGGAGGCCGCCGGCCUGUACGAGAAGGUGAUCUUCAUCCCAGCUUCGCCAGCGCCUCUGAGUGAGAGGUCUCUCACGCCCACAGUACCCAUCGGGCAUGACGAGCAGCGCGGCCAAGGCGGUGGAGAGGGAGCCGACAGCUUCGCAUUGACCCCUCCCCAUGCAUCCCAGCAGAGCGCGGAGGAGGCAGCAGCCAGCAUCGAGAGGCAGUACGAGGGCAUCGACACCCUCGCGCGCCAGCACACCUCAGCCGCCGCCGCAGCUGCAGCCCUUGAGGAGGCCUUUGGACCCGCGCCCGCAUUUCCAGGAGAAGACAUCAGCCAGGCCCACAAGGGUCAGCGGGUAGACUCGGGUGAGACAGGCCGAGGCCGCGUCAAUGUCUGCGCCGACGUCGACACCACGACCCUCCACAACAUGGCAAGGCUAGCGCUGGAGAUGUGCCCAUCACGCGAGCUGCCGACCAAGCGCGCACACAUCUACACGGACGGCAGCUACAACGGCAUCCCACAUACAGCAGCCUGGGCAGUAAUCAUUGUCGACGAGUACGACGACGGGUGUAGCUCACGAGGCCCGUUCGGCUUUCGGGGUUUCAUUGCUGGCAAGGUCACCGAGUCUCUACACGACAUGGCUAACAACGAGAAGGUGGCGGCAUAUACGGCCGAGCUCACGGCAGUGCUGCGGGCACUCAUGUGGGCUCUUGGUCAAGGCACCACCGCCCCCAUCGAGAUCACGUCUGACGCUCUCAACGUCAUCAACCUGGCAGCCCAGUGCGCGAUCCAGCGGCCCAUCAGCACGACUACCAUCAAGGCCGACCUCUGCUUGAAUCUGUGCACUUACAAUUGCAGAUCCCUUAAAGCCGCCGUCAACUUCAAGUCGGGCAAAGGCAAGGCGGCCAGCAAAAGCAAGCAGAGAAUCUCCAAGGUUACGCACCUAGCGGCACAGUUUUCUGAUAUGGGCCUACACGUGGUGGCCCUCCAGGAGACGCAGAGCGACGGAGACGUCCGCAACGUUGGCACGGACAUGGCCAUCGCCUGGGCGUAUGCCCCCCAUGAAGACUCCCAGGCGGCUGAGAAGACAGAGUUCUGGGAGUCUGCUCAGCGAUUGUCUGCCAAGUACCACGUGGACAUCUUCAUGGGGGACCUGAACGGGCGUAUCGGCGACUACGAGUCCCCAGGAGUUGGCACCAGCGGGCACCCAGAACCGACCAAUGGCAAUGGCAAGCACAUCAUUAGCUUCGCAGCCGACACCGACAUGGAGGUCACCAACACCACGAAGGAUCCAGGAAACAAUUCCUACACGCACAUUGGAUCUAAGGGGCAGUGCCACAGGAUCGACUACAUCCUGCUGAGCUCCUCCAUCGCCCCGUACGUAGCGAGCUGCAGCACGGAGCCAGGUCUUGACCGAGGCACCGCUGCACAAGACCACAUGCCAGUAAUCGCCACCCUCAAGUGGGCCGUCUGCAAGACCACCAAGGCCUCAGGGCCGCGGCCCGACCUGACAAACCUAAACAACGAUGACGCCAAGGCCAGUUUUAAAGAGAUUCUCAAGCAGGCCCCGAUCAUCCCCUGGGAGGUGGACGUCAACACCCAUUGCGAGGAGGUCACCAGAGUCGUCAAUGACGCGGCCAUCCAGGCCUUCGGCAAGGCCGUCAAGGCAGCGAGGAAGCCCUACGUCACCAAGGCCACCAUGGGCCUAAUCCGUGCCAGGUGCCUCACACUUCGAGUCCAUCGUGCAGUGCUCAGAGCAGAAGCCCAUGACGACCGACCUGGACGAUUAGUAGCCCACGCCCACUCCCUUCUUGGAGGAGAGGUCGGCGCCUCAUUGGCCCUGUGGAGCACAGAGCGUGGCGACGACGAUGGCACCAUCCUUGACAUCCACUACUAUGCGCACCGCUUCCUGAACUGGACGAUCUCGCCCAUGGUCUACGCCAUGGCCAUCCACUCCUUCCUCACCAGGUCUGGGCUGCUCAUUGCCGCGGCCGUCGAGAAGGACCGAAGCGCCUUCCUCGGCCGGCUAGCCUCAACUGCGUCUUCCGCCUCUGCGGCGAACGACGCGGCGGCCCAGUGGAAGGCCGACCGUGACCUAUUAAGGUACGGCGGGAGGAAGGCGCGGUUUCCAGCGGGAAAGCCGAUGAGGCUCGACAAGGAUGGGGAGGUGGUCCACAACUCCCAGGACAUGGCGGACCAGGAGCCCAACCAUUUCGCCAAGAUACAGACAGGCAAGAUCGUGUCAGCGGACGACCUUGCCCAGAAGUACAACCAGGACAGCAAGACCAGGCCCUUCGACGGAACGCUGGAUCUCUCCAUGGUGAUGCCCCUGCACGUCUGCCAGGCCCAGUUCGCCGCGGCCAAGGCUGGGGCGCAAGGAGGCCCUGACGGGCUCACGAACGCCGUUCUCAGGGCGGCUCCUGCAGUGGCAGCCGCGAUACUGCACCCCCUCCUCACCAAGGUGGCGACCACGGUGCGGGAGCCGCUGAGCUUCAAGGGCGGGGAUCUGGUCGCCAUCCCCAAAGGCAAGGGCGACCCCCGAUACCUCCUAGCCGAUCGCGAGAUCCUCUUAAACAACGUCCUGGGCAAGCACCACCAUGAAUACCUGAGGGCCAUGCUUAACACCACCCUCGCCAUAGCGCUGGAGGACAUCCAGGUUGGCGGCCGGCCAAAGCGAGGGGCUGACAUGGCAGUGCUAGCAGCGCGCCUCUUCACCGAGAGAAGCCAGGCCCAAGGGAAGUGUUCCAUGAUCAGCUGCUAUGACUUAAAGGAGGCUUUCUACUCGGUUGUCGUCCAGCUGGUCCACGGCAUCCCAGGCGAAGAGGACGAAGUCAGGGAGGCGCUAGACAACCUAGAAGUUCCCCUAUGGGCCCAGCCGCAGCUGGAGCACCUCAUGGCCAACCCAGGGAUUCUCGACACAGUGUUGGAUGGCUCCCACCUGGCUGCCCUCAUCGCCGAAGGGUAUCGCAAUAGGUGGACAUCGCACAGGUUCUCCCAGAGCUUCAUGGCGCCGCACAAUGGAACGAGGCCUGGCGUGCCCCUCGCCGGCGCGGACUUCAAUCUGCUCUUCGGCCGAGUCCACCGCAUGAUCGACAGCUACCUGGCACAGCGAGGGCUCAGGUACCAAGAGCUCACCAUCACGGAGUCAAGCGUACCACUCAAUCAGCACUACCGAGUUGAAUGGAGAAGGUUCGAGCAUCACCGAGCCAAGCGCUACCACUUCGACCAGCACGACGGUGUCGAGCACCACAGGUUCGAGGGCCAGCUGGCAAGCCACUGCUUAAACCAGCAUGACUGGCCCGAGCACCACAAGUUUGGCAUCACAGUCACAAACAGUAUCGCGAUGACCAGCACGACCGAGGCGCGGCUCUCGAGGCUCGGCGAGCUCGCGGCCGACGGCGCCUGA